AUUUCUUUCAUACUCUCCUCCGUAUUGUGCCGAAUGCUCGGAAUGAUUGAAUGUGAACGAAGAUAAUUAUAGAUUUUAUAGAGUUAUUGUGUGGUUUGUUCAUUUUUAGAGUUUUGACAGAAACACAUCAGACUUCCUGUAGAUACUACAUGUGUGAAGAUGAAACUAUUCUUGGGAUUCAUUUCAUUAACUUAAAGAUUGAAUAAUCAUGUCUAGAGUGUGCUUUCAAAACAUUGUGACUCAGCAACGAUUGAUCAGCUGUUUACAGAAUGUUUCCAUUACAAAAAGACUGCCAGGAUGGUGGAGCCAGUCUGUCCAAGAAAGCUCCUGUUCUAUUCCCCUCUUCACAUGUUACAAACAGACAUUUCAUACAACCACUGCAAAUGCAGACCUGGAUGAUCUCAAAGCUGAGCUUAUUCAUCAUGAUGCUAAACCCUCCAAGGCUUUAAGCCAAAAACGAAGGAAGAUUCUUCAAGGUCUUAGAAGUGCAACAGCCCAAAAACCAAAGUCCUUAACAAAGAAAAAUGUGAAAAUUUUUAAAGGAAUGACCCUUGCUGAACUUUCCAGGAAUAUGAAAACUGACUUAGAUUCUGUAUUAGAUGCAAUAUUAGGAUCUCCAGUAUAUGAAAGUAUUGAAGAUGAACAGACAGAAAUUGUUGAUCUGGAGCUGUUAAUGAAGAUCUGCAGGAUGUUUGGAGGGAAUCCUGUGGUGAAGGGCAUUGAUAAGCAAAGACAGGUCUUACAGCAGGAUGUUCCAAGGCAAUCCCCACCUGACCCCAGAAAUCUGAUCUCAAGACCCCCAGUGAUAACAAUUAUGGGUCAUAUUGACCAUGGAAAAACGACUCUUUUGGAUGCAUUGCGCAAGUCUAAUGUUGUGUCUCAGGAGUUCGGGGGAAUAACACAGCACAUAGGAGCUUUCUCAGUCACAACAUCAUCAGGAAGUCAGAUAACAUUCCUGGAUACACCAGGUCAUGCUGCUUUUACUGCGAUGCGGGAGAGAGGGGCCAUUGUGACUGAUAUCAUUGUUCUAGUUGUGGCAGCGGAUGAUGGUGUCAUGCCACAGACUCGGGAGUCCAUAGAACAUGCCAGGAAACAUCACGUCCCCAUGGUAAUUGCCAUCAACAAAAUAGAUCGUCCAAAUGCUGAUCUGCAAAGAACACUGAACAGUCUCUUGGAACAUGGUGUUCAGACUGAGUUAAAUGGUGGAGAUGUUCCUGUUGUGCCAAUAUCUGCUCUGAAGGGUGAAAAUCUAACAGAGUUACAAGAAACCAUAGCUGUGCAGGCGGAAUUACUUGAUCUCAAAAGUGACAUCAAAGGCCUGGUUGAAGGUCACAUCAUCGAGUCCAAGUUACAUCCAAAAAUUGGGAAAGUUGCCACUAUUUUAGUUCAGCGUGGUAUUUUGAAACCAGGAUCAAUCAUUGUUGCAGGGGAGGCAUUGGCAAAAGUUAAAAGCAUGUCAGAUGACAGGGGUGAGACUGUGAAGGCUGUCUCUCCAUCUUUUUGUGCAGAAGUCACUGGGUGGAAGGAACUGCCUUUGGCUGGAGAUGAGGUUCUCCAGGUCAAGGACAAGAAAACAGCUCAAGAUAUAGUAAAGUUGAUUUCCGCAAAGAAAAGAAUCAGUAAGGAUGAACUGAGUGCUUCUGUAGUGGAUGACCAGCGGCAGGAACAUCAGAAAAAGAUGCAAGAGUUACGUCAACUAAAGCAUGAGAACUACAGGAAAUACUUGAAAGCUAAGGAUAUAACGAUUCAGUACGGAUAUGUCCAGUCUACUCUGGGGGAAGUCAACCUUCCAAUAAUUCUCAAAGGUGAUGUGUAUGGGUCCAUUGAGGCUUUGUUGGGGAUGUUCUCUACGUUUGAUUCACAGCUAUGUGAACUACGAGUUGUUCAUCACGAUGUAGGACCAGUAACGGAAGCUGAUGUCAAUUUAGCAGAGAGUUUAAAUGCUGAAAUAUUUAGCUUCAAUGUACCUGUUCCUGAAGAAUUAAAAGUUGCAGCAAAGAAGAAAAGCAUUGUGAUUAAAGAAAAUAAUGUGAUAUACAAACUGAUUGAUGACCUCAAAGACAGUGCAAAUGACCGCAUUCCACUUGUAGAAGAGGAGUAUGUUGUGGGGGAAGCGGAGGUUUUACAAGUAUUUGAUUUCAAGUUCAAGGAUGGUAUAAGAAAUGUUGCUGGAUGUCGAUGUGUUCAGGGUAACCUACAGAGGAAACUCAUCUACAAAGUCAUUCGCAAUGAAGAGGAGAUUUUCAGAGGUAAGCUGGAUUCUCUAAAACACCAUAAAGAUGAAGUGGACUCGAUUAUGACAGGCAAGGAGUGUGGUGUCCUAGUGAAUGACUCUAAAUUCAUGUUUGAAGACGGGGACAUUAUUCAGUGCAUUGAUGCCAAUAAAGUGAAGAAGACAGUUGAUUGGGCCCCAGAUUUUUAGUUGAGAAAUAAAAUCUUAAAAAUCACA